AUGUUAGUCUCUCCAUUAAUUUUUUUGUUCCUCGCAGCUUUUGUUUUGAUAUUCAUUGUAAUGUUCUCAAGCAAAAUUGUACAGAAUAACCUCAAAGAUCGCUCGUUUUACCAAGAUUAUCUAAAUUCAAUUACAAAAAACUUAAACAAAAAUGCACAACAAAUCCAAUUUAAAGCCUCAGAUACAAUCGAAUUUUCAAUUAUAUCCCACCUUGAUUCAUUAUUGGCUGCCGAUAUUGAAUUAUUUUUCGAAAAGAUAGAAUUCAUUGAAAAAAGAUUCAAAAAUUCUAAUUUUGAGAUUGUUUUGGCAAUUGAUGGUCCACAAAGAACUCUUCCUGAUUCUCUUUCAAAUUUUAUUAAUAAGAAAAAAGCAUAUCUAAAUAUAUUCUUUACGUAUAUCAAUGGUAUAUCAUAUUUUAUUGCAGGUGGAUUACGUUCCCACGGAAAAUAUUUGAUUAACUCGGAUUAUUUAAACAAAUUAGGAAAUAAUUUUAUCAAUGAUGGACGCCAAUAUAUUACAUUUAUUAAUUAUGUAGAUCCAGAUCCUUUACCUAGCUAUGAACCAUCCAUAUUCUAUAAAAUUGGUGCUAUUACCUUUGAUGCCUUCCAUUCCGUCUUCAAAAACGUUCACAGCUUGAAUAUGGCUUCCUCUUAUGAAGUACUACAAAUUUGUAAAGGUCUUCAAAUCCAAGUUCAAGUAAUUGAUGUUGAAAGUGAUUUCACUCAUGAUAUUAAGGAGAUCUACUUGAGAAAAUUCGCAAUUGCUUAUGUGCACUUGCUUUAUCAAUCUAAGAUAUAUGUACUUAAAUAA